CAGCCGUUCUUCCAAAGCUUUCUCGCCAAUGAGACCGCGCGCUAGACGCCUGUGCUAAUUAUAUUGCUGUCCUUUUGCCGGCGCGGCAACGCUGUAUCGAUCUCUUGAAGGCGACAGGCCUGCCCGGCUUCCAACGUUUCGUUUGACGCCGGCUCAAGGUCGACAACCAGUACAGUCAUCUUGGGAGACGGCUCUGUUGCCUUACACACACACCGUCUAAGCGCUGGGACAGAGAAUUCUUAAUCUCACAAGGCUGUGUAGUGGCUUUAAACGACAAGGCUGAGUCUCGAAGAUGCUCAAGGGCGGUGCAUUGCGUGCCGCUGUGUUUCGGAUAACCUUGGGCGCUACAGUCUGUAUCGUAUAUGUAUUCCAGCAACGACGGAAAAGACGGUGUGUCGUCCAGCGGCAGUCGUACGAUCUGACACCGUGAAUACUUUACGAAGCCUCCAGCCAACAACCCUGAGUAACAUGAGGUGGUUUUGCAUCUUAGCAAGCACAGGCUUUGCCGUGUCAGCAAUCAUACGGCCCACGAUACCAGCGACAACGCUAGCACCGUCCACCCGAAUCACACCCAGUCCCGUCUUCGCCAGACAAGUCACCAGCUGCGCUCUGGUGGGUGCACCGGCAUUCACGAUCAGUGGGAGAACGUAUCCCGCCUCCUCCAGCUGCACUUGCAACGGGGGCGUACAAGCCGGCGCGAGUCGAACGGUCGGACCCGAUGGCAAGACGACAUGGGAAUGCGCGGCGAAGAGCACGCCCAUGCCUAUCAGUACAGAAGAAGCGGCGCCGACAACGACGUUGGUUAUGCAGCUCCUCUUGGGGGUUCAAAAGUUCAUGAUUGGCGAUUAUGACCAGACCAACUUCCUCCCGCUGAUGAAAUCGGACUGCGGUUUGGUCUGCGACUCUGCGACGCAAGAACACAUCAAGUUCAAUCGGACGCAUUCUGGAGGCUCAUCAAGCGUUGCCACUAGCACCGUUGUAAUGACGGGAACCUUGGGCAACAGCGUCUCGGAGCAAGCUCUCAUGACAGCCGUCAACACUGCGCUGUUGAAGACGAGUCAAUGCACUCAGGUGGCGACGGCAUUCUUCCACGACCCCAUCCGAUGGCGAGAGAUUGAUCCUCCUCCGCCUGACCUCUUCUCAAUGCCAUGUAGUCAGCUCUAUCCAGGCUACGCUAUACAACAGAAGCCCCGACGACUCCAACAUCGGCCUCUCGUCGCAGAUGACUUUCAGCGGCACCUCCGAGGGGGGCGAAGAGUCUUUCGCCUGCAGCAGCGUCAUCGGCGAUGUCAACGAGGCCUUGAGCAAACUCCGCUUUCUUGGAGACGUCAAGAACACCGUCACCCAUGUGGAGGCGCAGUGUGUCGAUGCCGAUUGAGAUGUGAUUGGCCCUGGUGACCCUCACAGCCUGGUUCUCGUCGCCUUGCCAUCGGCACACGGUGGGAAAAGAGGAGUAUUCGUGCCAGCGCAGGUCGGGUCUAUUGUAUGUUGUCUGCAGUACGCUUACCUUUGUAUCAAUAUUAGCAGUGUACUCGUUUUGACAAGUAGCGCAAGGUUCUGGAGU